GAAAUAGAAAACUUAACUAUCUCAAGUGGGGAAGAGCCAGAUGAAAAGAUAUCAGACAAUAUUUUUCUUCAAGAUGGCCGUCGUGCUCCAGGGCCAGAUUUGUGUAGGGGAAGCAGCACGCGGAGUAUAGACACCCAGACGCCCUCAGGCUAUGUGGACGAGGGGGCGACCAGCAGCUCCGGCAGUCGCUCGCACUCUGUCAGCCCAGCUCUUCCCAUCAUGCCCUCGGGGCCCAUGGAUAACUCUCGUCCGUCCAGCGCCGGGGAUUCUCUAGAUGUUUGCACUACAGUCAAAGAGGCAGAAGCCAAAGUUGAAGAGAAGGGUGGUGAUAAUGAAGUGUCCCCGGAGUCCCCAGACGUCAGCUUACAGUCUAAGGCAGCUAGUCCCAUGCCCAAUAAGUCCUGUUCUUUUGUCCGCGAACCUCCAGACGGAUGUGAACGGGUCAAGGCCAUUGACGAAAAAGAGAGACCUCGUAUCAAAGAACCGCUGUUUCGGCCGGUGAAGCCAAAUGAGUUCGUUUUACGUCCAAGUGCUGGAUCAGCUUUUAGUCCGGCAUCAUUGAAGGAAACCUACAGUUCAAUAAUGAGCAUACCGGGUCACGCUGGUCACCUAGCAGUAAAGAGCCCAGUUCUUCAGUCUACUGCUCCGCAAACCAGCAUUGAGAGUCAGUGAAGAGCAUAGUGUCAUUCCAGGCAGACUGCGUACACGUCAUUGCCAGCCAGCAGGACUCCAGCCAACCCCCCACCACCCACUCCGUACCCUCAACUACAGUGUCCUUGUUAUACAGAACUUGCACACGCACCAGGUUGUACCAUUCCUCCAGCAGGAACCCGCAGGCUGUAACUUUCAUAUUCAUCUCAUCUGCGUGUUGAAUUAUUUCUGAAACCUGGCACCCACCCUGUCACACCCGUAUUGAAGAGUGUUUGCGAGCUUUGUUCGUGACCUGGGGCCGUAUUGACAGUUCUUGAACUGAGAAGGACAUGUACACUGUCUUUUCAUCUGUUUGUCUGUCUGCAUACUACAUGAACAGAUCCAUUCCUGACUUGGGUCUGGCAUUUCAGCAUUGUGCAAGCUUUGAGUUGAACUGUUAGUUUCAAAAACCUUUGCACACAUUGGAUCUGUACUUAGUGUAGGACUUAGUGUUGAUUUGCAAUCAUGCUGCAUGACUGUGCACUUCAGCAAGCUCCUGGCUUACCAGCUAGACAAGCUUGUAUGAUUGCAUUCAUGUAAGCUCCUGUGACUUAAAGUGAUAUGAACAGCUUGUGUCAUUGCUCUCAAGGAAGCCUCUGUGACUUACAAGCUAGACAAUUUGAACAGCUUGUGUGAUUGCUCUCAAACAAGCUCCUGUGACUUACCAGAAAGAUAAUUUGAACAGCUUGUGUGAUUGCUCUCAGACAAACUCCCAUGACUUGUAAGAAAGGUAAUUUGAACAUAUUAUGUAACUGAUGUCAAGCAAACUGCAGUGAAUGGCAAGCAAGCUCAUGUGAACAGCUUGUGGAACUGUGGCUAACUGCUCUCAAGCAAUCUGUUGUUGAAAUGCAAACAAGAUCAUUUGGAUAGCUUGCAUGACUGUGCUUUCUUAAGCAAUCUGUUUUUUAUGGGCAUUGUGAUCAUUUGUACUUACGACAGUGAGAGAACAACAUCUGGAUUGAUGCUGCAGCUAUCUUGGACGUAUUAUUGGUUGUGUGUGUGGAGAACCAGUGCUGUGGACCGGUGAAACAUCACACAUAUUUGAAUACAGACCUAUACAUGUGGCUAUGCAAAGGGAAGCAACUCUGGUAACCCCUGAUAAGCCCCAAGUUCACAACUGAACAGUGCAUGCCUUGUACCACAAGGUUUUCUUAUCAAUAUUGGUUUUUCAUCCAUGUGUAUUGUACAUGUAGGGCACAUGUUACCAGAUUUACCUCCCUUUUUGUAAAGAGCUGGGGAUGUUCAAAGGUGGACUAGGCCUGGUUACAGGUGCGUGACAUUGCUAAAUUCCAUGUACAUGUUCAGAGAAUCGUGUGUAGAAUCAGUUCUGGUGGCCAUCUCCCUAAGCUGUGUUGUACCUCCAUGUAGGCCUACAUAGUGCUGACCCCUGCCUGUACCUGGGUUUAUUAAGUAUCAGUUUUUAUGCAAGGUCAUAUGUAUAUAUCUGUCAGCUUUUCAGAAUCCAGAGUCACAGUUGUUCAAAAAUCAUUUACUUUGUAUUUGGAGGAGACUGUUAUUAAGAUUUAAGCCUGGCUUGACUUUGCUACACUUUUGACUGACUGGCCUUGGCUAUUCAUCAGUGUAUCAGCGGUUAAGCCCGGUAUUAUAAUCUUGAAUGAAAUCCCAUUGGGUUUGUAUUAAGACAAGACUGUCAUUUAAGCCAUGUUUAAGUUUUAAUACGCUUUUGAUUGGUCGACCUCAGAUUGCUGUGUUAGACUGGUUGGAGAGGGUUAAUGUAGUAUUUCAAACUCUGUCCUCUCACAUACUUCUUAAUGCCAUACCCGGUGCAUUACAACAAAGGGGAUAUUUGGACAAUUGGCUGUUUAAUAGCAAAGUGUACAUUAGGUGGUCAGACCUUAGACAAUGUGAUCGACCAUUCACUCAACAGUAUCUACAGGAAGGUAGAAUUUCCUGUUUUGAUACUCUGGGCCGCUGUAUGUGCAGUGUAGGUGUUGGAAUAUGACGACAUGGCUGGGUUGGCUGUUUGGGGUGGAAAUUAUGGUUUUAAACAGUACUGUAAGACCUGUAUUCCUGCAUGCUGCAUUUACCUGUACCUGUACAUGGAUCAGAUUCAAGUUUGUGACGUUGCAUAGAGGCGUUCAUUGUGUGCAUGUUUGCUAACAAUAUGUUUGUACAGCAUUGUCCAGUGCUACUUUGCUUUGUACAGAGCAAACCUGCAUGUGCAUGUAGUGUUACAGAAUCACCUACUACAUUUUACCACACCCCCUUCCCUGUCAUGUGACAGUCCACGCCCAUUAUCUUCUAUUGACAUCUUACUGCCCAACAUGCCUAAAACUGUCACCACUGAUUUGUUACCCUUGUGUACAUGUAUGUACUUCUACUGUCUCAUAAUUUCAGGUAAAUUUAUUUGUUGCCCAACCUUUUGUAUAUAUACACA